CUACUACACUCCCUGGUAGUGUAGAAUUUUGACAAAACUUUUAGCAUUCUUCGUGGUUUAUCAAUUACUGCACACAAAAUAUUGCAUAUGGUGUUACCAGCACCAAUUCCGUUGAUCUGGGAGUACAAUUAUAUUGUGUAAUUCUAAAGGAAAAAACUGAAAAAUGGGUAAUUGAAAUGUGUAUUAGAUAUAAUUGCAUAUGUUAUAAAGACAACUUGUCCUAAAGUUAAUUGGAUAUUACCGAGUUAAUUGAAUAUUGUCAUGAAUUUAUACGUUAACAGGAUACUGAAAUCAAUAACUAGGUUAACGGGGUGUCGCAACAACUGCUAAGUUAAUUGGAUAGUGUAAUAAGCCACUGAGUUAACUCGUUUUAUAACGCCUAAUUAAGUGAAAUAAAUGCCGGAGCAGCCACUGAGUUAACUGGAUAUUGCAAUCCAUAAUUGAAUUGAACGGAUAUAUAAGAAAUAGUGAACAAUAGUUGCGUUAUAUUAAUGGACUGAGUUAAUGAUUACACAUUGUAAACAAUCACUGAGUUAAGUGGAUAUUUUGUAUUUUUGCAAAUCAACCAUUAGUUUUACGAUAUUAAGUACUCAGUUAAUACACAGAAUGACGAACAGACGAAUUGAAACACUUGGUAAAUUAGCUCGGGUACAUCCGGGAUUGUUUCCGGAUACUCAUCUCAGAUCUCAGGGACCUUCGGUUGAAGCCCCAAUCCUGAACAAAGUACCAAUGCCACCCGAAGACGCUAGAAAACUACGAAAUAAUUACAUAUAUCUUCAGGAAAAAAUAGACGCGGCUGAUCUUUCGAAUUACUUAUUUCAAGCAUUUAUCUUAGACGAUGACGAUGUGAAACGAAUUGAAAUUACUGAUACAAAGGCUCUUAGAAAUAAAUAUUUGCUGGACACCUUGCUUCGACGCGGGCGUAGGGCAUGGGGAUGCUUUGUAGCAGGUCUGAAAGAUUGUGGCUUUAAAAAGGUUCAUAGUGAAUUGUUAAAGAGAACCGAAAUCGACGAUUCUCAUUUAUCACCACGAGUUGAAUCCUUGUCCAGCAGACGAAUACAACCACGUGAGGUGGACGAGAUGGAUGAAAAAAUAAAAGAAUUGAAAGUAGACAAUAAUCUUAAAGCGAAGGAAAUUACAACCUUACAAACCAAGGUGAUACAGUUAGAUGAAAAGGUGUCCGAUUUGAAGAACCAGCUUAAAGAAAGGGAUGGUCAAAUCGUAAAACUCGUCAGUGGGAACCUUAAUGAAUUGGAGUCUGGGAACAAACCUCCCCCAACCGUCGAAUAUUUGGAAACCCAAGUCGUGGACCUGGAUUCUAAGGUAGGAAACCUUAGUAUUGGUUUUGCAACCAUACAGAAGACAGUCGAAGGGAUGAACAGUUCAAUGGGCAAGAAAGGGAAAAGGUCAACAAAGGGCACGAAGAAAUCUAACACCACAAAAGCACAACAGACUUUCUUAACACAGGAAGCCUUCACGGAGGAAGAAGAUUCGUCGGAGGAACGGGUUUCGACAAUAAAAAAUACCUCAUCUCCACAAAAGACGACAUCUAAACAAAAGACGCCGGCCUCUCGGAAUACAUCCUCGCCACAGAAGACGUCAUCGCAUCAGAAAACUCCAUCGACCCAGAAAGUCGCUACCCAAAAGACGUCAUCGACCCAAAAGUCACACACGACGCAAAAGUCACACACGACUCAAAAGACACCUUCGACUCAAAAGAUGUCAUCGACGCAGAAAAACGCACAAACACAGAGGACAUCAUCUUCCCAAAAGAACACAACUGCUCAAAAGACCACACAUACACCACGGAAAACAAACAUUAAAAAAUAGGUUGAUUUUAUUAGGACUUUAUCGAUCUAACUCUCGCAUUCAAAAUUAGGACUGUGAAUUUCAAAUCCGGGUCGUCAUGGGACGAUACGCUGUUUAUUGAGAUAUCCCCAUACCUUUAGAUAUACCUUGUCUUGUAUAUUGUGUUGAAAUAAAACAAAUAUUUUCAUAA